UUGGCGAGAGCUAUCGACGUGAACGAGGUUAUUCACAUGAAUGUAACAGCUAGCGUGAGGAUGCUAAGCUAGCUGUCAGCCUGGCAUCCACGGGUUUCGCUGCCGAGUUUUAGCUACCGGAUGCUCCCGGUCGUAUCCUGCUGGUCGUCUUGACAUUCCCCUCAACAUUCCUGGACGAAUUCGUGUCGACUGACCAGAGUCCGCGAAUUCAGGUCCACUUCUGAUCUAACCUUUCCCCCCUCCCUCCCCACCGCUAGCGUGACUUGGCUCACCGGCUAACGAGAGUUCAACCCUCGGGAGAACCGGACUGACGAGAGUUUAACUUGAGGACCACACCCAGACAACAUGUCCCUUCAUCAGUUUCUGCUGGAGCCCAUCACCUGCCACGCGUGGAACCGCGACAGGACACAAAUUGCCAUCAGCCCCAAUAACCAUGAAGUUCAUAUCUACAAGAAGAGUGGCAACCAGUGGGUUAAGACUCAUGAGCUGAAGGAGCACAAUGGACACAUAACAGGCAUUGACUGGGCUCCCAAAAGUGACCGCAUAGUGACGUGUGGAGCAGACCGUAAUGCCUAUGUGUGGUCCCAGAAGGAGGGGGUAUGGAAGCCCACACUUGUCAUCCUCAGGAUCAACCGAGCAGCCACCUUUGUCAAGUGGUCUCCACUGGAGAACAAGUUUGCAGUGGGCAGUGGUGCUCGACUCAUCUCUGUCUGCUACUUUGAAUCUGAGAACGAUUGGUGGGUGAGCAAGCACAUCAAGAAGCCAAUUCGCUCCACCAUCCUCAGUCUGGACUGGCAUCCCAACAAUGUCCUGCUGGCUGCUGGCUCAUGUGACUUCAAGUGCAGGGUGUUCUCAGCCUACAUUAAGGAGGUGGAAGAGAAACCAGGCCCCACACCGUGGGGCAGCAAGAUGCCAUUUGGGGCUGUGCUAGCAGAAUUUGGAGGAGCAGGUGGAGGGGGGUGGGUCCACUCUGUCUCUUUCUCAGCUUCUGGUAAUCGUCUGGCCUGGGUCAGCCAUGACAGCACUGUCACAGUGGUGGACAGCUCUAAGACUGCCAGUCCUUUGCAGCUGAAGACGGAGUUCCUUCCUCUCCUCAGUGUAAUUUUUGUUUCAGAGAACAGUCUAGUAGCUGCGGGCCACGACUGUUGCCCCAUGCUGUUCCGUUGCGACGACGGUGGAACGCUGACGUUUGUGUCAAAGCUCGACCUCCCCAAGCAGAGCAUCCAGAGGAACAUCUCUGCCAUGGAGCGCUUCAGGAACAUGGACAAGAGAGCCACCACUGAGGACCGCAACACUGCCCUGGACACACUGCACCAGAACAGCAUCACCCAAGUGUCUAUCUAUGAGGGAGACAAAAGGGAUUGUCGCAAGUUCUGCACCACAGGCAUCGAUGGAGCAAUGACCAUUUGGGACUUCAAGAGUCUAGAAGCUUCUAUCCAGGGUCUUCGCAUCAUGUGAAGAAACCUUGUGAAUGAAUGGAGAGAUGCUGCGGCCUCACUCCUCCCCCUUUUCCUCCCCUGCCCUCGCCCUUCUCGCCCCUUUUCAAGCUCACUCCCUCCACUCCCUGCGACGCAGCCAGUAACAUACAUACUUUAUCGAGUGUCUGCUGAAGCACUGAUCAGACCAUAACACACUCUUGUGAGUGUGCGCUUACACUCACACACACACACACACACUACACGCACUACACACACUGAGCUGACGUGUGAAAUCUGUUAAUUUUUUUGUUUUGUUUGUUUUUAAAUGAAGGUUAACCAGGUGUCAAAGUGGGAAGAUCCUCUGACACGUAUUAGACGUGACGUGAACUGUGUGUUUUUAUGUUCUCUAACCUCCUGUACCAAAAGUUGAACACUAAAAGGUGCAUUUUAUCCAAAAAUCAGACUGUAUAUCAUCUCAGGUUAACCUCAACAUGGUCUCUGAGUAUCAGCAUUUAAUAGACUGGAGGAUGGUUAAUAUUCUUCAGCAGUUGAAGCCACUGUUAUCACUAGGGCCCAGGGUUACUGCUGUUCUGAGUACAUGUUUCUGGUUGGCCUUUGAGAGGUGUACAGGAUCUGAUGGUGGAGAGAGAAAGCAGCUGUCUGAACUGUGUGGAGUGACGGCUGGCCAGCGCUAGGCUCUGUAGCUCCUACACUAAAACCACACAAGAUGGAGGAUUUCUAUGUAACUGAUCAUGAGGUAGACAUGAAAUAAAGAUGAAAUACAUUUACAGUACACAACUCAAA